AUGUUGGUGACAUCACUGAGUGUUCCCGGUCCACAUCUUGAAUGUACACCAUUACAAUAUGGCACAACUCGAGAAAUUUUUACUCGUUGGCUUCAAAUUUUUCUUUUUCAAGGUUUAUCCAUCCAUGGUAUCCGUUCCUGUGGUGAUUACAUGUUUUCAGGCCAUACGGUGAUGUUAACACUGUUAAAUCAUUGUAUAACCGAAUACACAACUUCCGAUUUCUAUGUUAUUCAUCUUCUCUCUUGGCUUUGCAACAUCCUCGGUAUGAUUUUGAUCUUGGCUGCGCAUGAACACUAUACGAUUGAUGUUUUGAUCGCAUUCUUCUUAACCAGUCGGUUAUUUCUCUACUACCAUUCAUUAGCUAACAAUGCUGUUUUGCAUUCAAUAUCAGAUAACCGCUUAUCCAUUUGGUUUCCAAUGUUUUCUUAUUUCGAGAGAAACAUUCAAUGUAUGGUGCCGAAUGUUUUACGCGUCCCAUGGCCAUUGACAUUGAUCUAUAGUCCCGAAGACGAUGAAGAGAACAAAAAAGAUAAAACUUCGCUAAUUAAUUGUGAUAAUGAGAAGUGUAUGCACCGGAAAAAACAAUAA